UGGCGCUUUUGUCCAAUUUAAAGCUCCUUUUCACCCGGAAACAGUUUGGAGGAUCCUCAUCGUGACCGGAAGUCUCGUUUGUCGAACCUGACAGUUAGCCAACAUGUCUGUGGAUGUGAAAACUAGAGCUAAACGAUAUGAGAAACUGGACUUUCUCGGAGAGGGUCAGUUUGCCACUGUUUACAAAGCCAGAGAUAAAUUGACUGACACAAUAGUUGCAAUUAAAAAGAUUAAAGUAGGCCACAGAACUGAGGCUAAAGAUGGUAUAAAUCGAACCGCUCUCCGAGAAAUUAAAUUGUUGCAAGAGCUGCAUCAUCCAAACAUCAUUGGGCUGCUGGAUGCAUUUGGGCAUAAAUCAAACAUAAGUCUGGUGUUUGAUUUUAUGGAAACAGAUCUGGAGGUUAUCAUCAAAGACACCAGCCUAGUGCUGACUCCAGCUAACAUCAAAGCCUACAUCCUCAUGACUCUACAGGGGUUGGAAUACAUGCACCACCACUGGAUUCUACAUAGGGAUCUGAAACCCAAUAAUUUGCUGUUAGACGGUAGUGGAGUGUUGAAGUUGGCGGAUUUUGGUUUGGCCAAAGCUUUUGGCAGCCCUAACAGAGUCUACACACAUCAAGUGGUAACCAGGUGGUACCGCUCCCCUGAGCUCCUGUUUGGUGCCAGGAUGUAUGGGGUUGGCGUUGACAUGUGGGCAGUGGGAUGCAUCUUGGCAGAGUUACUUCUUCGGAUACCAUUUCUUGCUGGAGAUUCUGAUCUCGAUCAGUUAACAAAAAUCUUUGAGGCUCUCGGAACACCAACAGAUGAGACGUGGCCGGGAAUGAGCAGUCUGCCAGACUUUGUGUCCUUCAAGAUAUUUCCUGGCACACCGCUGGAACAUAUAUUUAGUGCAGCUGGGGACGAUUUACUUGAGCUGCUACAGGGCCUCUUUACCUUUAACCCCUCAACCAGGACCACAGCCACACAGGCUCUAAAGAUGAAGUACUUCAGUAAUCGGCCAGGACCCACACCGGGUCCACAGCUCCCCAGACCAAACUGCUCAGCUGAGGCUUUGAGGGAAAAGGAAACUGUGGGACUCAAAAGGAAAAUCGAAGGCCUUGAAACAACUGUGAUGAAGAAGAAGCUAAUUUUCUGACCAGAUGGGAUCCAGGGACAGGAGGGAAUGACUACAGUGACAUGUGGCUUCGUGCUUUACUCAGGAUUGUUCCCUGGAUGGAACAGAAAGAAGCCUGAAAGCAGAUGAGGCUGUCUCAGGGUGCUGCAGUACUGAGGUGCAACAGACUGUGGUCAGAACUGUUGGUUCUGGUUCUUCAUUGAUGCCUAAACUCUAGAACUGUGAUGAAAUACUUAUAAUAUUAUUGGUUAAAACAAGCAGACGACCAGACUCACUCCCUGCACGUGGAUGUUAUUUUUAUUUUUUCUAUGUUACACCAAUAAAUGGUAAAAAUGCAGAUAGAAAAAUA